AGCGUAAUAAAAUACAACUUCAAAUUACAUCUUUAGUUGUCUAGGUCUCAAUGUUUUAAAUUUUAUUUCAUUUUAUCACAAUUCACAAGUCAGGAGGUCGUCACCAUGGAGAGUGCUUGAUAAUGAAUGGAGGAAUGGAUCACAAAACGCCCGGCCACAACGCUGGGCUGCACAAGGGCCCUAAAAACUACAAAUUGCUUAGAGAUCCGUUUCUGAUAAAAGGUGCUGUUAAGUUGUAUAGGUACGAUGGAUGUGUACCAGGAGACCCGUCUUACCCGCCCGUGCAGUGCCGAGACCCGCGAUCGCAACUGUCCAGGAUAUGGAAUAAGUUGGAACCAGCCGAUUUACCUAUUCCUAGAUUCCGCAUAGAUAAAAACUAUGUAGGCAUACCUCCACAGGUAGAAAUUACAAUUGCGAAUUUGAAUGAUAAUAUAGACAAAGUGUUUUUGUCAGACAUGAUGAAUAAAGUUGGUCCAUACGAAGAAUUGACAAUAUUCUACCACCCCGUUACUAAUAGACACUUGGGCUUUGCAAGAGUUGUGUUUCAAGAGGUUAAAUACUCAAAGUUAUGUAUAGAGAAAUACAAUGGAAAGUCUGUCAUGGGUCAGGUUCUGGAAGUAUUUCAUGAUUCUUUUGGGAAAAAAUGUCAAGAAAUGUUUGAAGAUAAAACAACAGAAAAGAAACAAACAGCUCCUAAACCUAUUGUAUUGGAAGAUGCUCGGCUUGCAAACAAAAUUGAUCCUACGCUCAGCAAACGGCUAGAGGAUACAAAAUUGGUUGAACAGGAUCCAUAUUCUCGGUACAAGGAUGAGCAUGGAGACAGUAAUCACCGCUGGUCGGACGACGAGCGAGACUACCGACAUAGACACCACAAGAGGAGUGAAAGAGAUAGAGACUCUGACCGGGAUCGUGACAGAGACCGGGAAAGCCGACGUUGCAGAAGGAAAUGUAGAAGAAGGCACCGCGAGCGCUACGGGCGCAGCAGUGAGGCGAGCGAGUACGCGCCGCCGACGCCCGCGGCCGCGCCCGACCUCGCGUACCCUGUCGCGCCGCCGCCCGUACCAUACGACCCCUACAGCUACCAGACCCCGUACGGAUACGGUUACGGCGCGACGCCGAGUGCGGGCGGGUCCGGCGUGUGGUGGGACUGGCGGCACUCGCACCAACCCCAUCAUCACACGCCGCAUGCGCAUGACGUGAAGGCCAAGAGCGAGGAGCCGGUGCCCCCGCAGGAGAUCGUAGUCAAGGAGCCCGACCCCAAGCCGCCCCCGCCCGCUGAAGAACCGAAGAACGUCGAUCUUGACACGAGGAUCGCGAUGCUGCUGAAAGGCGCGAGCGCGGGUGGAGGUCUGGCGCCGCCGUUCCUGUCGUUGGGCAUCUCGUCGGAGGAGGAGGAGGACCGCCCGCACGCGCGCAUACCCGACCUCGACGCGCCUCAGCCACCCUCUGACGACGAUGGUUCAAUAAGCGAAGAACGUGACAGCAUCAUAUCAUUCAAUGUUGCGACUGAGUUGGAUGGGGAGCCGUUGUCUAAAACACCAUCACCUUAUUUGAGCAGGGAAUUUUAUCUUGAAUGUCUGAAGGAAACUAUAGCUAAACGUGCAAAAGAAGAAGCAAAAAAGAAGUUACCUGUAAUGGAUAAGAUCGGAUCCGAUAUAUCGUCGUCGGAGGACGAACUGCUGACCGGCGAGCAACCCAAACGGUCGCCGGCCAAGUCCGCGGAUAAAGACAACUUGGAAGACGAUCAGAUGUCACUGUCAUCGUUAUCGUCAACGGAGGCGAAGAUAGAGGAGCAAGUCCCCGCAGACGCGUACUACGGGCCGGCGCACGUGGGGGCCCUGCCGCAUGUGGGCCCCGUGCCGCAUAUGCCCCACGGGCACCAUAUGCCACAUGGUCCUAUGCCACACGCGUCGCACGGCCACGCUCAUUACUACCAACAUAUGUGGCCUGCCACAGCGUACCCGCCGGGUUACGGUCUGGCGGACGUGCCGCUGCCGUACGGUGCGUACCCGCCUCCCAUGUUGCCGCAACAUCUCGCGCCCGCCAAGGACGUCGGACAGCACCCAGACAACCCCUACUAUCCAACAAUAAACAGCGUGAUAGAGCGCGUGACGACUGAGCUCAAGAUGAUACUGAAGAAGGACUUUAACAAGAAGAUGAUAGAGAGUACGGCGUUCAAGCACUUUGAGGUGUGGUGGGACGAGCAGAGCCGCAAGACGCGGGUUGCCGUGAAACCGGCCAGGGAGGAACCAGGGCAGCCGCUACAGGAUAUAUCCAACAAGAAGGAGGAGACGGUGGACUCGAUAAAGUCGAUAAUGGAGUCCCGGGACCUGGGCCUGGACCUCGGCGGGUACGGGGCGGGGAUCGGCCUGGGCCUGCGGGCGACCAUACCCAAGAUGCCCAGCUUCCGCCGCAAGAGGAAAAUACCCUCGCCCGUCGUCAUGGAUGAGGACUCCUCUAAGCGGCUUAGCGAUCAGGAGGAAAUUGUACAGAAUUCAGACGAUGAAAAAGAAGUUGGCAGUCCAAAGAAUAGAACUACGGGAUCGUACCUCACGACCGGUAGAAGACGCACGUCCAGUAGCUCGUCACGGUCAUCGUCAUCAUCGUCGUCUUCGACGUGGUCGGGGUCGGAGCGGUCGGCGCGGUCCGCGACGCACAAGGUCGCCCCGCGGAUAUACUCCGACACCGACGACUCCGAUCUCGACGAGACGCAGUUCAAGGUCGUGUCCAACAAGGAGCGCCUCCGACGAGUCUACUCCUCGUCGGACAGCGAGGAGGAGAAGAGCAAGCGGGAGAAGACGCCCAUACCGCAGGUGGAGGCCUCCGACGACCGGCUCGGCUCGCCAAUACUGUCGCCCGAGGAGCCGCGCGACACCCUCCUCGACAGAGUCUACUCCGACUCGGAGGAGGAGAGGGAGUAUCAGGAACGAAGAAGGCGAAACACAGAAUACAUGGAGCAAAUUGAAAGGGAGUUUCAGGAGGAGCAAAGGCGAAACAUGGCGAAGGAUAAAUCACCACAACCAGAGAAACCGCCUAGUGAAAGUAAACCUGAAACAGUAUCCGAGGAACCUAGAAGUCCCGUCAAGAACCAUUUGAAAUCACCCGAGAAGCGCAAUGACAACGUAGAGGAAGGUGAAAUAAGCUCGGAGGACGAGCACAAAGAAAGAAGGAAGAAAGAAAAGGGACAAAAGAAAAGAAAGAACGAAAAGAGACAGAGAGUUCUUUCGGCUAGCGAUCAUAGUUACACGGAGGCUGUGGGCGUCAAUGGAGUCAAAGAGGCGAGCAGUGCGUUAUCGGAGACGUCGUCGCCGCAGUCGCAGGCGUCGCAAGCGUCGCAGGCAUCACAGGUGGCGCUCGACCACUCCUACUGCCGCCCGCCGCCAGACCGCACGCCAGACCACUCCCCCGCGCGCACCAACAACAACCAUCUGCAGCAUGACCAUGGGUACACCUGGAUGGAGCAGCCUCGAAACGACCAGCCGGUUGUCUUGCUGGACGACAUAAAACCCAAAAAGGAAAAAAGACCGUACAAAAGAAGAUACGAGAAGAAAUCGUUGGAAUUAUCAAACAAGCUGUACGACUCAAAGGACGGGUUCAACGUGCACGCGGGCGUGACGUUCAAGCCGCGAGACAUCAUGGCUGAGAUGCAGGUUAUGUACGAGUUCCUCACGCGGGGUAUAGACCGGGAGGACGUGGAGCACCUGCGGCGCGCGUACGAGUCGCUCCUGGCCGAGGACGCGCAGGGCUACUGGCUCAACGACACGCACUGGGUCGACCACCCCCCCACCGACGUGUGCUACAGCCCGCCGCGCAAGAAGAGCAAGCGACACGCCAAUAUUUAUGAGGAUCUACAGGGUCACUCGAGCGGGUCGGCGCGCACGGAGGGUUACUACAAGAUGGACGCGCGCAUCAAGGCUAAGUACAAGUACCACCACGGCCGCGCCGCCGCCGUCCACGUCCCCGCUGAGGACAAGAAGCUGGCGAAGGUACAGCAGUCGCGAGAGGCGCGGUCCAACCAGCGACGCCUCCUUACUGCCUUCGGAACGGACACGGACUCGGAUCUGCUCAAAUUCAAUCAGCUCAAGUUCAGAAAGAAGCAGCUCAAGUUUGCCAAAUCCGGUAUUCACGACUGGGGAUUGUUCGCACAGGAGCCGAUAGCAGCGGACGAGAUGGUGAUCGAGUACGUGGGUCAGAUGGUGCGGCCGGUGGUGGCGGACGUGCGCGAGGCGCAGUACGAGGCGACGGGCAUCGGCAGCUCCUACUUGUUCCGCAUCGACCUCGACACCAUCAUCGACGCCACCAAGUGCGGCAACCUCGCGCGGUUCAUCAACCACAGUUGCAAUCCGAACUGCUACGCGAAGAUUAUAACGAUAGAGUCUCAAAAGAAGAUUGUGAUAUAUUCGAAGCAGCCGAUCGGUAUAGACGAGGAGAUAACGUACGACUACAAGUUCCCGCUAGAAGACGAGAAGAUCCCGUGUCUGUGCGGCGCGCCGCAGUGCCGCGGGUUCCUCAACUAACUUACACAAAAAAUAUGUAUGGCUGCUUAUUCAUACUGUACAAGUUUGCUGGUAAUCCGAACGGUCUUCCAAGGUUUAUUUUAGGAGGAACCUACGAAACUCAUGCUAUAUUUUUUGGGAUGAAACUGACGAUUAAAUAUAAAAAAGACGAUUAGAAAAUAUUUUUGAAGGUUUAUUAUUAAUUUCAGUCAUUAAAGUAUUUGAUUAGUUACGUGAGAUACAAAUUUCGAUAGCACCGAAAAGUUAUUUUUUAAAUCCCAGCUUUCCUUGUCCCAGUGGUAAUGAUUUUAAUGAUGUAAUAUAUAUGAAUACAACGUGAUGGUGUGUCUGUGGUGUGUAUGAAUGUGGUGAUUUGAUUAUUUAAAAUGUAGCUGUUGUAAAUAAAUAUUUAGGCAACUUCCUUGUACUAUAAUGUCGCUUGGUGCGUUUUCGUCGAUUAGUUUUUGAGUGCAGUGUUUGAAAAACAUUGUGUAACUGUUUGUUUUGUAUAUUUUUGUGAAUAAUGGAUCUCUAUCAGUUGUGGUACAUUUGCAAGUACAUGUAAUACCUGUAAUUAAUCGAGAAAUAUGUGUGUGGUUUUUAUACCAUGUUUUUACGAUAGUCCAUAUGAAAUCAUAAAAGAGAUAAAGGCUGUUAAUACACAGUUAAGUUGUAAACUGGUAUUGUCCUUCCAAAUGCACUCUUAUUAUAUUAUUUUACUUGUAAGCGUGUAAAUAAAAAUUCCAAUAAUUA